AAAGAGGAUAUUGAAUAUUGUAAAUCCAGACUGGGGAUUGAACUUUGUUUAAUUGCACGAUUGGACACAUCAGCUAGCUACUUUUUAAUAUCAUCACAUUGCGGGAGAUUUGUCUCGUUACGGAUGUCAGUCCAAACCAGUUGUGAGUAUGGUUCUGCGAAGUACUAUGCCCUUUGCGGUCUGGGCGGAGUACUUAGUUGUGGUAUUACACACACUGGGGUAGUUCCUUUGGAUUUGGUGAAAUGCCGCAUACAAGUUGACCGAGCUAAAUAUAAAAACAUUACAAAUGGUUUCAAAGUCUCAGUUGCCGAAGAAGGCAUACGAGGUCUCGGAAAAGGCUGGGCACCGACGUUUAUUGGAUAUUCUCUCCAAGGACUCGGAAAAUUUGGAUUUUACGAAGUGUUCAAGCAUAUCUACAACGGCCUUCUCUCAGAGGAAAAUGCAUAUUUGUGGAGGACAUCCGUAUACCUAGCGGCAAGUGCCAGUGCAGAGUUUUUCGCUGACAUUAUGCUCUGCCCCAUGGAAGCUGUGAAAGUACGAAUUCAAACAAUGCCUGGUUGGGCGAAAACUCUGCGAGAAGGUGUACCAAAAAUGUACAAGAAUGAAGGUUUUGUUGGAUUCUACAAAGGUCUUCCUCCUCUCUGGGGUCGUCAGAUCCCCUAUACUAUGAUGAAGUUCGCCUGUUUUGAGCGCACAGUGGAAGCAUUGUAUAAACAUGUUGUACCUAAACCACGUGAAGAGUGUACGAAAGGUGAACAGUUAGUUGUAACAUUCGCUGCGGGUUACAUCGCUGGUGUGUUCUGCGCUAUCGUAUCUCAUCCUCCUGAUACUAUUGUAUCGAAGUUGAACAAAGAUCCAAAUGCACGCUUGGUUGAAGUUGCCAAAAACUUGGGUCUUCUUGGCAUGUGGAGCGGACUUGGACCUCGAAUUAUCAUGAUCGGAACUCUAACAGCCUUACAGUGGUUCAUCUACGACGGGUUCAAAGUAGCUAUGCAGUUACCACGCCCUCCUCCACCAUCUAUGCCAGAGUCUUUGAAGAAAAAAUUGGAAAGUCAGAUGCACUAAACUAGUCCUUUGCGCAUGUAAACAACGCUUCAUUUUCUAGCACAUCUCAGAAAAAUUCUGGUUAUCAUAGUUAUAUUCAUAUCAAUGACCUAGCUAAAUAGAUUUAAAAACUGUACCACAAUAUUUGAAUACAUUUUUUGAAGAAAUCCUCCAUGCAAUAAAAUUUUGUUUUCUAUGUACAUUUA